AUGCCUAAUUCUCGAAAACUUACAAAUCUGGAGGAAUCAACAAUUGUCAGAUACAUCCUUGACCUAGGCUCGAGAUCUUUUCCUCCCCGGCUUAGUGGUGUGCAAGAUAUGGCGAAUCGCCUGCUCGCCGAUCGUAACGCGCCUCCUGUGGGAGUCAACUGGGCUUCAAACUUUGUCAAGCGCCAACCACAGCUGUUUACGCGCUUUACGCGUCAAUAUGACUACCAGAGGGCCUUAUGCGAAGAUCCAAAGAUAAUUAAACCUUGGUUUGAGCUUGUACGCAACACAGUCGCGAAAUACGGCAUACAAGACGAGGAUUUUCACAACUUUGACGAGACUGGCUUUAUGAUGGGCGUAAUCUCAAGUGUUUCAGCAGCUGUAACAACCAGCAUCCUCUGGUUCAUAGUGAAUCCACUGCAUUUCCAGCGCUUCAAGCCUAUAGCUCGCACCGUGCAAGCUCAAUUACGGUACAAGCGGCUUGGAAUCUAA